AUGAGCAGCAGUAGCCCCAGUAAUGACGAUGACUUCGUCACCAUAACCACCAAGCACCGCAAGAAACAGCAGCAGUCUGCUGCUCCUAGUGAUGUGGUUAGCAAGAAACCACCCACGGCCAACAACGGCGCCAGCACUAGCAGUAGUAACAUCUCGCUGCGGCCGCGUACAAUGUUCGCCAUGAAGGGCCGUGGGCGUACCGAUUCAGAGGGAUCCGCAUAUCGUCCGCAAUGGUCGAAGGACGGUGAAGGCUUCGUAUCAGCGUCCUCGGGCGGCCCGGCAUCCUUCAAAGAAGCGGCCACAGGAGGCGGACAGGGCGACGACCACCGGGGAGAGCGUCGCAAGACUAAAGUGCUACGCUACACCAAGGAAGAUCUACUGGCGCUGCAUUUUACAACCACUGAAGCACCCAAUUUCCCCCCCGAGACCACAGUGGCUUCGGAGCACAGUCUUCCUCCCGUCAGCACGCUGCCAUUCGACUACGAGGAGAUUUACAAGCAGUGGUCGCUCAACCGCAAUCGUGGACGUGGACGCGGUCGAGGCAACGCACCGCCUGGAGGUCAACAGGGAACGCGUGGGCAACAGGAACGAGGAUUUCGUGGGAACGACGGAGAGGAAGCAAAGCAGCAGAGAGACGAACAGCAGCGACACAACGAGAGAGACUCAAGGUGGGAACGUGGCGCCAAGAUCACAGAGGGAUCGCAUGGAGACGAUGUAUGGGAUGAUGUUUUAGAGCCUGGCGCGGAAAGCAAUGAAAUGGAUCUGUCAAGUAUGGCACUCGCGGCGGAGAAGUUCCGACGAGAGAUGGAUGCGAUGCGAGAGGAGCUUCAGGGAUCGAAGAUCGACUCGGACGCGAUAAAGGACGAUUUGGAUGCUUUUGACAAGAAACUAGAAGAUGCUGCUGCUGCAGGGCAAUUUGACGAUAGUGAUAACGACGAAGUACAAUGGGAUGAUCCUACUCCCGAAGAGCAGCUUCAGGCUAGCACUAGUAAUGACCCAUUGGAAGAUCGCACGGCGAAUCUGCUGGGUCGUCAGUCUAGUCGCAGCCACUUGUUCGAUCCGCUGGAGCGUGCUGGUGAACAACUGGUACUUGAAGAGAAAAGUAGCUUCUCGCAAUCUCCAAUGCCGGCUAACGAAGGUUUUGGUGGGUUAUCAUCGCUACGACUGGAAUUGGAGGACGAAUGGUUUUACUUGGACCCGCAGGGAUUACAACAGGGUCCGUUUAAAACAGCAGAGAUGCGGGAAUGGUUCGAGGCUGGUUACUUCAAGCCGCAUCUACCGAUUCGUUUCGGGCGUGAAGGAAUUUUUACGCCCUUGGCGAAUCAAUUCGUGCACGGACAAAUGGCGUUCGCUGCCCCACCAACGCGUAUGAGCGAACUGGGAGGAAUGCUUGUGGACCCUCGCCAGGACGAGCAGCAGCGCCUAUUGGAACUGCAACGUGAGCAACAGCGUCAACAGCAGCAACAACAACAACAAAUGAUGGAGCUUCAGCGACAACAACAACAGCAGCGAAUGAUGCACCUGGACCAAAAAGAGAAUAUUCAGCAGCAGCGACAGCAGCAAAUGCUACUGCAACAGCAACAGCAAAGCUCGUGGCAGCGUAGCCAGCGUGAAGGUAUUAUGAGCGCAUUAGGCAUAUUUGGAGGAAACCAAGAAGCCCCCAACGUGGGAGCAAACGACAAUUUCAGAUCGGACGGUAUGCAGAUUCAGUUCCAGUCCGACUACCGCACGCAGCUCGAGCUGAAGAUGCAGGCUACUCAACCUCAACGCUCGACGUUCUUAAAUAAUGAAGUGCAGAGGCGUGAGGAGGCAUUUUGGCCGAAUGCAGCUCCGGAAAUGGCUGGAUUUCCUCCUGCACCGACAAGCCCAGCUGCUGCCCCUGUGGUUGAUGCGUGGGGAACUAGACCAAAGUCCCCGGAGCGUCCAUCACCAACUCUUUUCGACAUUCAGAACGAGGAGAAGCGGAGUGUUGCUCAGGAAGCUCGCAACAGUGAUGACCAGAUUCGCAGUCUACAAGAAAGAUUCAAUGCUGCAUCUCCUAUCAAACCCACCCAGAGGGAACGAAAGGCUGAGAAGGAGACGGAGACUAGUCAGUCAAUAAAUAAUGGCAAGAAUGUCCAGACUGAGACAAAUGCGUGGGCUACAAAAGCGCCGUCGUCCAAGUCGCUUAAGGAUAUUCAACAGGAGGAACAGCGUGUAUUGCUCAAGAAGAUGAGUGCUGAGAAGGGUGGCAAUGCGAACCUAGCACAAAUGGGAGAACAGCUAAAGAUGAUGCUGGGCGUGGAGUCCACGGCUGUGGCCCCGAGCGCUCCUUUGCGCCCUUCUCAGGCUCCGACAGCCAAGGCCGCACCAGAAACGAUACCAGCUACUGCUCCAGCAGCGCCCUCAGCUCCGUGGGGAACACCUGCCACUGUGACAAAAAGCAGCACCUCCAAGUCUAUGCGUGACAUUUUGGCUGAAGAGGAGCGUCUGGCGCAGGAGCGUGCUAAGGUCAAUGAGUAUGCACCGACCAGCUCGCACUGGAUGAAUAUCGUGGCAGGCAACAAUGUUGCUGCAGCAGCCAUCCCCAAGCCGUCACGGUCAGCAUUGGGCCCUGUUCCCGCGUCAGUAAUAAAAAGUCGUCAGCAAAUCCGUGCUACCAAUGGAGCCGCUGUGAAACAUUCCCCGCCCAAGGCUGAUAGCGAUGCGUCGUUCUGGAACUUUGGAGCAGCACAGAGGGAGUCUGCAACUAGCGGUGCUCAGGUGGGCACCUCAAAUGCUUUCGGCUCAAAUAAUGUGUCGUCGGAGUUUAUGACGUGGGCCCUGAGACAUCUGAAAGCAAUUGACAGCAACGCCGAUGUGACGCUGUUGGAAUACUGCGCCACGCUAGAGGACCCUGGUGAGGUCCGCGAGUAUCUUGCUGCGUAUUUGGGCUCCACGCCCCGUGUGUCAGCCUUUGCCACGGAGUUCAUCCAACGUAAGAAGACUCAACAUAGCGGCAAAAAAUCGACAGGUAACCAGGACGCCCAGCAGCGUGCAUCCGAGACGGGAUCAUCGAACAAGCGGGGUAAACGCCGCUCGAAGGGCCAAAAGAUUGAUCCGUUGCUGCUGAACUACUCGGUGGGGGGCCAAGUGAUGCAGUGA